AUGCAAGCGCGCACAGUGGGAAUCGACUCGAGCUAUCUCGGGUGGCACAGUUCCCUGCCUGGCUUAGCCCCGCUGCUGCAGAGAGCCUUGCGCGGCGACUUCAUUUGGCCUCAAUCCGCAGCACAGCAGCCGCCUCAAGCAGGUUGGUGGCAGAACAAAUCGCCAUCACCUGAAAGCGAGAUGCAGCCACUGACAGAAGACCCACUCUGGUGGUUUAUGGUCAGCCUCAUUCGGGAGCUUGCCCUUGCCCGCCAAUAUCGGUCGAUGUCCAAUGCUCUGCUGCCAAAGCUCCAUGCCGUCAACCUGACGAGCCUGCAGUCCAGCAUGUCGGAAAACUAUGUUGGCUGCGAGCUUCUCGAGAAGAUGGUGGCCACGCUGAUGUGGGAAGCUCCGAGGUUGGAACAGCUGCGCUUGCCGCAACACUGCCAUUUGCAGCCGCAGAAGCUUCAGAAGGCGCUUCGACAGCAUCCGAACACGGCAGCCGUGUCAAGAGCCUUCUGCGGAUGGUUGCCACCGCAAACUACAUCUUCCAUGCAGACCGCGCACGUCUUAGAUGCCAUGGCCAUCGAGUCUGCCCAG